AGUACUGAAAAAAAACAAACUCGCAGGAAAACUUGGCUCAAAAAAGAAGAGACCUAUACAUAAAACAAUUAUGAAGGAUGUGAAAAAAAUUGUUAAAGGAAAAGCACUGAAAAAAAAGAAACUUGCAAGAAUACUUGGCUCAAAAAAGAAGGGACCAUUACAUAAAACAAUUAUGAAGGAUGUGAAAAAAAUUGUUAAAGGAAAAGCACUGAAACAAAAGAAACUUGCAGAUUUACUUGGCUCUAAAAAGAAGAAAACUAUGCAGAAAGCGGCAAUGAAAGCCGUAAAGACACUUGUCAAGGGAAACGGAACAAAACCAGGAGUAAAAAGCGUAAAUAAAAACAAUACACUUAAUAUUCUAGGAACACCUAAUCCAACGAAACCUGCCGAAAUAGGUGUCAAAAAUACUUCAAAAAACACCACGGAAAAGGCCAUUAUAAAGAAAGGGAAUGCAUCUAUACUGGAAAAGGGAAUUCAAGUAAAGAAAGAAGCUAAUAUAAUCAAAGCUAAAAUUGAAAAGAUGUUAUAUAGGGUGAAUACGAAGAAAAAAGGGGCUUCACCAAAAUUAGCGUUAAAAAUAGAAAAAAUGGCUGACACAAAAAAGAAUCAGGUCGACGAUAUAGUUACACAAAAAAAUAAGGAGAAUGAGGUCUCGAUGGACGGUCUGUAUGGAGCAAACUCUCCUAUGUACUCAAGUCUGAUGCAUCUUGAAGUUGACCUUUUAAAACUUUUAGACUACAUGGAGCAUUCAAAGGUGAAAAUGGGUGACGCGUUUGAGUCAAAAGCAUUGAAAAAAGAAUUGAAAAGUGCAAACAAAGGAAACGAUGUGAACGUGUUCAAUAAACAACUUAGCUCAGUGAUGAAAAAGAUGAAAGGAAUUGAUAAAAAGAUAUCGGAGGAACACAACAAAAUUGUUGGAUAUUAAAUUAAUCUUUUCGUUGAUAUCA